AAAAAGAUAACACUCACUCAGCUCCGAAAUGAAAUAAAUUUAUUAAUUGUGUAUUUUUUCACAUCAGCCAGCGGUGAUAAAGACAACAAGCGCAAUUUUAUUGUAUAUCCAACUCAUUGGUAAUAAAUAUUUUGAUUUCAAAUUAUUUUGUCGUUCAUAAGAGUUCUAAGUGUUGAAUAACGCGAGCCGCGGCUAAUUUUUGUUUACUUUCAUUUUUGUUGAGCAGACAGUAGAAGUGAUCUAACUCUUCCGGACAUAAAGCAUUUCAGCGAUAAACGAUAAUGAAUUAUGACAAUAUAGUGCUCACCUCCAGCCAUAAUCAUACUUGCACAGAGUACUAACCUUAAUUUCCUCCGAAAUGGAAAAGUUGAACGUCAACAAGAAUCCCACACUCGAAGUUAUAUCCGAAAUAGAGCCUCACUCGUACAAUGCUGGACGAACGAGUUACAGCCGGCAAGCACAAAUGACUACUGCGAACGGUUAUAGAACUUCAACCAAUCCAUUGCCAUUGCAAGCACACGGUGGCCGCACCAAUCAAGGAUACACUGGUAGUUCACAAAGUAGCAUUAAUCGGGAUUCACAAAAUAGCAUUAAUCGGGAUGGCAGUUCGCCGAGCGUUGGAGGAGUUUACCGCGAACAAUAUUGGAUAUGCUCCGAGCCUUUGCGAUGUAGAAAUUGGACGAAACGAGAACGAAUUUUAUUUAUCGUUUUAUUUGCUCUGUCCACGAUUGUUUUGGGAUUAGUUGCUGCUAUUUCAUUGAUCACACGGAGUCAUGAAGACAAUCAACAGUCGCCGCCCGGUUGGUUUCCGUGGUUAUAGGGAUAGAUGGUAAUUUCUAUAAAAAUAUUUUUUAACGUUUGACUUGACUAAGUGUUGUGUUGUAUUAGAUUUUGAUAGAUCGUAGAGAUAGUUAGUCGUUAGCUUUGAUGUUAGUAAAUAAUGGAGAGAGUCGAUCAGUAAAAUAUGUUUUGUUCAUUUCUA